AUGGAGCGACGGCGUGAACAUUUGCACCAACUCGACCAUUUCGGGUUCGAUCCCGCUCCACAAGCUACGCGCACAAAACAUCAAACGAAAGAAAAGAAGAGCACUUGCGAUUCAAGUGCAACCGAUGUUCGUAAUCUAACUCGCGAAGUGGCCACAAGGCUAUCCUUUGAUGAACAUGAGUCGCAUAAUGCAUCGAGAUCGCGUCACUGCAACGAUAAUUCGCUUAAGUCCCCUUUGAAGCUCCCAGACAAAGAAAAUACAGAGAAAAAGAACAACUUCUGGGGCUUUGAUCCAGCUAUUGAUCAAAUUCAAAGGUCAGUUGCCUUGGAAGAGGAACGAUCGGAGCAUAAAGACAAUAAUGAAAAGACCACGGGAAAGCAAGAAUAA